CCUGCUGGCUGCAACAUGAGCCACAGCUUCCUCUGUGGGAGGAGAGAGCACAGUGCUGCUGCUGCUCAUCACCAUGGCCCUGGCUGCCUGACACACACACACACAGCAGCAGGCCCAGAGCUGCCCCAGCCGCCGGUGACAGUGACAGCCCCCGGGCACAGAGCACUGUGUCUUACAGCAGCUCACAUCUGCCCCUCCCCCCGCAGUGUUUACAUACAGCGCGCCAUCGGGCGGACUCGUUACGCUGAACACGAAGACGUGUCGGACAUGGAGGAGGUGGUCAGCGUCCGCAGCUUCAGCCUGGAGCAGAAGGUCAGCAGCAACAGCUACCGAGGAGACUACGUGCAGCACAUGGAGGGCAAAGACUUUACAUAUGAAUAUGUUCAAAGAGAAGCUCUCAGAGCCCCCCUUCUUUUCCACACAAAGGAAGGAUUGGGUAUAAAAAUGCCAGAACAAGACUUCACUGUUCGAGAUGUGAAACUACUAGUCGGAAGUCGGCGUGUAGUGGAUGUGAUGGAUGUCAACACACAGAAGGGCACUGACAUGAGUAUGUCACAGUUUGUCCGAUACUACGAAACGCCAGAAACCGAACGGGAAAAACUUUAUAAUGUGAUCAGCCUGGAAUUCAGCCACACCAAGCUAGAGAAAGUAGUCAAGCGGCCUACUGUGGUCGAUGCAGUAGAUUGGGUGGAUAAUAUGUGGCCUCAGCAUUUAAAGGAAAAGCAAAAGGAUGCGACAAAUGUGAUAGCUGAAAUGAAAUAUCCUAAAGUGAAGAAGUAUUGUUUGAUGAGCGUUAAGGGCUGUUUUACAGACUUUCAUAUUGAUUUUGGAGGGACAUCCGUAUGGUACCAUGUUUUUCGUGGUGGAAAGGUAUUUUGGUUGAUUCCUCCCACUGUGCAUAACUUACAGCUUUAUGAGGAAUGGCUUUUAUCAGGGAAGCAAACGGACAUCUUUUUGGGAGACCGAUCACAGGGGUGUCAGAAGAUUGAACUCAAGCAGGGUCACACAUUCUUUAUUCCAUCAGGAUGGAUUCAUGCUGUGUACACUCCAGCAGAUUCACUGGUGUUUGGUGGCAACAUACUGCACAGCUUUAAUAUUCCCAUGCAACUUCGUGUAUAUGAAAUUGAAGACAGAACAAGGGUGCAUGCCAAGUUCCGCUAUCCUUUCUAUUAUGAGAUGUGCUGGUAUGUCCUGGAGAGAUAUGUUUGCACCUUAACCAAGCGCUGUCACCUUAAUAAGGACUUUCAGAAGGAGUCAAUGCUAUUUGAUUCAUCAAGAAUUCCCAGUAUAGACAGCUUGUCCUCAGAUUCUUGGUUAGAAAUGGAGGAAGAGUCAGGUGAUGCUCAUGUGCUGGAAGAAAAAGAGGAAAAUGGUGAAAAGGUAUCCAAACUGUCAGGUGACGAACCCUUAACGCCCAACAGUACAAAUUCGGAUGGUAAAGAGUCAGCGGAAAAGAAACAAAAAGCUUCAUUGAUGCAGUACCUUAAAAGGACUUUGUCUAAUGACUCAGAUGAAAGCUUAAAAUCCGUGGUCCAUAGUGAUUAUCCUAAGACCCCAUCAGGAUCUCCUUCCAAUGAGGUGGCUUCCAGGUGGACACACCUCACAGAGUUUGAACUGAAGGGUUUGAAAGCUCUUGUGGAGAAAUUAGAGUCUCUCCCUGAAAAUAAGAAAUGUGUCCCAGAGGGAAUUGAAAAUCCACAUGCACUUUUGGAAGACAUAAAGACUGUACUUAAGGAGCAUGCUGAUGAUGACCAGACUCUGGCAAUCUCUGGGGUACCUGUGGUUUCUUGGCCCAAGAAGACUGCAAAGAACCGUGCCGUGGGAAGGCCAAAAGGGAAAAUUGCCACCUCUCCUGCAGUAAAGUUGUCUGCUAACCGGACCAGUGCUGGAGCCCGCCGGAGACGGACGCGUUGUCGCAAAUGUGAGGCCUGCUUACGCACGGAGUGUGGGGAGUGUCACUUUUGCAAAGACAUGAAGAAGUUUGGGGGACCAGGACGAAUGAAACAGUCGUGUAUCAUGCGGCAAUGUAUAGCUGUACGUAAUGUCUCUUGUCCGGUGCUGCCUCACACAGCUGUUUGUCUAGUGUGUGGAGAAGCGGGGAAGGAGGACUGUGUAGAAGGACCAGAAGCAAAAUUUAAUGUAAUGCUGAUGGAAUGCUCCAUCUGUAAUGAAAUAAUCCACCCAGGAUGCCUUAAGAUAAAGGAAUCUGAUGGCGUGGUGAACGAUGAACUUCCAAACUGCUGGGAAUGUCCAAAAUGCAACCAUGCUGGAAAAACUGGGAAAGCCUACAAGCAAAAAAGAGGCCCAGGAUUUAAAUACGCUUCCAACCUGCCUGGGUCCCUGCUUAAGGAGCAGAAGAUGAAUCGGGAUAACAAGGAAUUAACGGAACUGGUGAAAAAGAAAGGAGAACGGGAAGAGACCCCUAGGCAGAAUCUGGAGGAGCAACCCAAAAAGAAGAUCAUGGAAGGGAUUGUAAAGCGGAAACCUGAGGAUGGCCCCUUUAAGAGGAAACGGCCGCUUGAAAAGAAUCCAGAUCCUGCAGUCAGGAAACGGUUGAAACUUGGGAAAGAAGAGAAACUCUUCAAGAAAAAGAAGAGAACCUGGAAGACACCUGAGGAACGGGCACUUAUGGCCAAAACAUUGAGGCGUAUAAAACAGGAGCCAGAUGAUGACUUACCGGAGGCAGUCCCAAAACCUAAGGACAGUGACCAGUCAAGGUCCAGCUCACCUACCGCAGGUCCCAGCACAGAGGGUCCAGAACCGAAGGAGAAGAAGAAAAUCAGAAGAAAAAGGAAAGUCCCUAACAAAGAACUGAGCAAAGAAUUAAGCAAGGAGCUGAACCAAGAGAUACAAAAAACAGAGAACAGCCUGGCUCAUGAAAACCACCAUCCCAUCAAAUCGGAACCAGAGAGUGAGGAUGAAGAGCCCAAGAGAUGUACGAACAGCAAUGGGGAGAGGAUGCACCGAUUCAGCAAAGAACUGAAUGGGACUGCAAAGGAGUUCAGGCACCAAUCUUUCCCAAGUCCAAGGACCACACCAAGGGUUGCUACACGCCCCCCUCCUUCUUUGUCACCUCCCAAAUGUAUGCAGAUGGAGCGCCACGUAAUAAGGCCUCCUCCAAUCAGCCCUCCCCCAGAUUCUCUACCCCUGGAGAAUGGUGCCACCCACAUGAUGCAGAGAGAGGUCUGGAUGGCCAUCUUUAGCUACCUCAGCCACAGGGAUUUGUGCAUCUGUAUGAGAGUCUGCAAAACAUGGAACAGAUGGUGCUGUGAUAAGAGAUUGUGGACACACAUUGACUUAAAUCGCUGCAAAUCUAUUACUCCUCUUAUGCUCAGUGGGAUCAUCAGAAGACAGCCAGUGUCCUUAGAUUUAAGCUGGACAAAUAUAUCCAAGAAACAGCUCAGCUGGCUCAUGAACAGACUUCCAGCUCUACGAGAUCUUAAUUUAUCUGGCUGUUCUUGGAUUGCUGUUUCGGCACUUUGCAGUUCCAGCUGUCCAUUACUGAGAUCUCUUAAUGUCCAGUGGGUGGAAGGGCUGAAAGAUGCACAGAUGAGGGAUCUCCUGUCCCCGCCUACAGAUAACCGGCCAGGUCAGAUAGACAACCGUAGCAAAUUAAGGAAUAUUACAGAACUUCGUCUAGCAGGACUGGACCUCACAGACGCCUCCCUACGCCUCAUGAUUCGGCACAUGCCACUUCUUGCCAAGCUGGACCUGAGUUACUGUAACCAUGUUACUGAUCAGUCUAUUAACCUGCUGACUGCAGUGGGAACAUCUACCAGGGAUUCUUUAUCAGAAAUUAAUUUAUCAGACUGCAAUAACGUAACAGAUUUGUGCCUGACGUACUUCAAGCGCUGUGGCAACAUUUGUCUGAUUGACCUCAGAUUCUGCAAACAGGUUACUAAAGAAAGCUGCGAACAAUUCAUAGCGGAAAUGUCUGUAAUUGUACAGUUUGGACAAAUAGAGGAGAAGCUGCUGCAAAAGAUCAGCUAAUUUAAAAAUAAUGUAUAAAAUAUUUUCCUUUAAAGCUGCACCUGAAAGACAAUUUUGGCCUUAAAAGCAAAGAAAUUUGAGGUUUACCAGCCUCAGAUCUGCUGAGAAGUCCUCCAAUGGUUCCUCCAGCACCACAAACACCAGCUGUAAAAGGUUGACACUGGAACAAAAGUUUAACCUUUCAAGGACAAUGUUUUUCACAAUCAAAGGGCAUGUGCUUGGUAACAUUUAUUGUAUUGGCUCUUACACUGUUCAACUUAUGAGCUUUGUGUGUCUUUAGAAGUGGACCAUGCAGAACAUAGAAGCCUUCCAAAAUCUGGCGAAAAAGAAUUUGUCAUACAUUAUGCAGAAAUAUUUUUGUAUACGACUAUUAGAAAGUUAUAUUUGCAAUGUAUGAUACCAGUGGGAAUUUUCUGGGGACACGGGUUAAGGGACAACUGCCAAUCUUUCCAUGUACAGUUAAUUAAAACUACAUUAUGAGGCCAUAUUUUGUGUGUGACCACUUCUCAAGCAUGUUUAACUUGGCUUUUUACAUGGGACAUAUGCAUGCUGAGCAGACAUGUAUGUUUAUUAAUUUGAUAAAGAUCCUUUCUGCACAUGAAGAUCCAGCAUAGCAUGAAGUUUUGUGGCCUCUCGAACGAAUAUUUAGUGAUGCAGGGCAAAUCGAUCAGGCAAUCUCCACUAAUGUGCCAUUGGACUACUUGUCCAAAUGUUAGGGCCCACCUGUAACAUACUUGCCUUCAGAAGUGCCAUUGUUGUAAGGUGUUUUUCUUUUUGUAGAAUGCCCCAACCAGAUUAAUCCUAGACUUUGUGUUAACUGUUCAAAAAAAAAAAAAAAAGUUUUACCACCGUUACCUGGCUGCAGAUUGUUAUGAGAUAGAGCCAGCUCAUUUACCAGGAAGAACUUGGGUUUCUUUAAACACCACUUGUAAAUCUCCUUUUGUAAAAUAGAUGCCCCUUGCACUGGAAUUUAAGAGUGGGGUUAUCGCUGUAUAGGAGACUAAGUAAAUGCAUUUACACCAAUGCAUUGCAAAUCUAUUCCACUCCUACACCUUGGAGUCAGAUGUAUACUUUUUUUAAUGUAAGUAACAUUGUUGGAAUUAAAGUGUAUCAUGUUUAUUUAUGGACACAUUUAUUAAAAUCUUUUACUAAA